GUUAGUAUCGAAAUUGAUUACUUUGAUUCUUACCACAUCAACACGUCUUCCAAUUCUCCGUUCACUCUUCACUUCAUUUCCGUCAACGUUGCGUUUUAGUUUGUGUUUUAUAUUCGUUCAAUUGAGUUACCUACCUACAAAAUAAUUUUUAAUUUUUUUGUUAAACUUGUAUGAUAUCUACAUAUAAGAUCAUGACUUUUGUGAAAUGGGCCAUUUUGCCUGUAACCAUUUUCACGAUUUUCGUGGUAAUGUACAGUCAAGCCGCGGAGGAUACGAAAAAAGGACCUAAGGUCACUGACAUUGUAAGUUGAAUUAGCCACGCAUAAAUAUUGCCUAUGUAAAUAAAAUGAUUUUCAUUAAUUAUUUAUUUGAUUAUUAUAGGUGUGGUUUGACAUUAAAGUAGGCUCAAGCGAACCUCAACGUGUGGAAAUUGGAGUAUUUGGCAAAACCGUACCCAAAACUGCGCAGAAUUUUAUUGAAUUAUCUAAGAAACCCAAAGGUGAAGGAUACAAAGGCAGUAAAUUCCAUCGAGUUAUUAAAGAUUUCAUGAUCCAAGGAGGUGAUUUCACCAAAGGUGACGGUACUGGGGGUCGUAGUAUCUAUGGUGAAAAGUUUGCCGAUGAAAACUUCAAGUUAAAGCAUUAUGGGGCAGGAUGGUUGUCUAUGGCCAACGCUGGAAAAGAUACAAAUGGAUCUCAGUUUUUCAUCACCACUAAACAAACUUCUUGGUUAGAUGGCCGUCACGUUGUAUUUGGCAAAGUUAUCAAGGGAAUGGUAAAUAAUUGUAUAAAAUAAUAUUUAUUACUCAUUAAUAAUUAAUUGAAUUUUUAGAAAACAAUUAGACAAGUUGAAUCUGGACCUACAGAUUCUAGAGAUAAACCGGUAGAUGAUGUACUCAUCUUCGAUAGUGGCCAUAUUGCCCUUCCAGAACCAUAUUCUGUAAGCAAGACUGAUGCUGUUGAAUAAUAUCAUAAUACUUAAAACUACUUAUAUUACUACUUUAUAUUUUUUUAAUUCAUUUUUAUUAUUGAUAAAAUGAUGUACCACCAAAUUAAAUCAACUCGUAACUUAUUUUUAAGAACAUAGAACAAAAAAAUGUGUUAUUCAUAUUAUUAAAUUAAUAAACAACAAAAUAAUAUUGUAUCUCUUACCACUGAACGAUCAAAUUGUAUUUUUCUGUUUAAUUCCAUUUGUAUUUUUUUUUUUUUUUUUUUCAGAGAGUAAAUUUAACAUAAAUUGUGUAAUAGAGUAAGUGAUUUUCAUGUUUGUUAACCUUGUCCACAUUAUAUUUGUAUUACAUAAUAAUUUUUUUUAAGAACAUUAAAUAAUUUGUAUUAUCAAUGUGUUGUACAUGUAAUAAAAAACUCAUCAAAAAUGUUAAUAUUUGAAUAAAAAUAACAAUAAUAAUAAAAAACAAACUAUAUUUUAUUUCUAUUCAGUUAUUACAUAAAUAAUAUACUUUUAAUCUACAAAAAAUAAUUUAUUUUACAUAAAUCCAAACAGCAUAUAAAUUACAAUAAAUCAGUAAUACCCGGUCGUCUGAAUUCACGUUUUUUAUAUGGUCUACUAUCAGAUUGAUAGCUUGCUGCUACCAUAGGAUUUCUACUAGCGAAUUCUGUUCUAUCAACCAAUUUAACUUGUGAGCAUAGAAGAUUAUCAAGUGUCUA